AUGCCCGCUGGUGGACUCUGCGUGUCCUUGCAGACCGGGCUCCGUGCCAUGUGGGCCACUGUCAACGGGUCGCAGCUCCGCGGGGUGAUGGGCAGGUGGCCGCGAGUUUAUCUCGGCCGUGUGUUUACCCGCAGGCCCGAUUUGUACCACGGAAUGUCGUCCCACCCCGGAGCACCGACUCCCAUGGAGAACGGAGUGGACCCCGCGGGGGUUACGCCCAACACGCGGGACGGGGAGACGGAGGUUCUGGGCGAAGCGGAGGACUGCAGGAACCCCACGGAGGUGGAAAUGACCCAGCUGGUCAUGCCGUGUCACGCCAACCACCUCGGGGAACUGAGCACGGGUCAGAUGCUCAAGUGGAUGGACGUCACUGCCUGUCUAUCUGCGGAGAGGCAUGCAGGCCUGCUGUGCGUAACGGCCUCCAUGGACGACUUUCAAGUAGAGGAAGCCAUAAAGGUUGGCCAGGCGGUGUACAUCAAGGCCCAGGUGAACCGGGCGUUUAACACCAGCAUGGAGGUGGGGAUUGAUGUUCGCGUUGAGGAUCUGUCAACCGGCAACCAGAAGCUGGUGUGCAUGGCCCACUCGACGUUCGUGGCUCGAUCGCUGAGCGGCGAGAAGGUGCAGCUGCAGGCGCUGAUACCGCGCACGAGCGAGGAGAGCCUGCAGCACACACUGGCGGCGGAGCGGCGCCGCAUGCGCCUGGCCCACGCCGACACCAUCCUCGAGCUGGUUGACACUGGGCCGAACGUCGACUACGGGAAGGAGCUGGUGCCCGCGGCGCGUACGCGGGUGCACAGCGUGGAGCUAGUGCCCCCUCACGCCAACCACCAGGGCAACACCUUCGGCGGGCAAAUCAUGGCGUGGAUGGAAGCCGUCGCCACCAUCUCCGCCAGCCGCCUGUGCCGCGCCCACGCCACCCUCCGGGACAUCGACAUGUUCCAGUUCCGUGGGCCGUCGCAGGUCGGCGAUCGCCUCACCCUCAAGUCCAUCGUCAACAACGCCUUCCGCAAGAGCAUGGAGGUGGGGGUCUGUGUGGAGGCGUACCGCCAGGGAGACUGCAGCCCCGCGUCUCUACGCCACAUCAACAGCGCAUUCAUGACGUUCGUCGUGCUGGACGACAACGGCGAUGCGCGCACGCUGCCACGCAUCAAGCCCUACGCCGGGGACGGUGAGCGGCGCUACAGAGAAGCCAUCGCCCGCAAGAAGAUUCGUCUUGACAGGAAGUACAUCUUGUCGUGCAAGCAGAACGAAGUGCCGCUGUCUGUUCCCUGGGACCCCAGCAACCAGGUCUACUUGAGCUUCAACAACGUCUUGGCUCUGACGCUAUUGGCCAGCCGAGGGGCAUGGGAGCUCGUUUCCGUCCAGAAUGGGAUCAAGCUGUACAGCUGCGAGGAGGGCGGCCUGCUGUCGUUCCGUAUCGAGAUGCGUGCCUGCGUCUCUGCUGAGCAGGCCUUCCUCCUGCUCUCUGAUCUGCAGCACCGCGCCGCCUGGGACAAGCACUACCAGAAAUGCAGUCUGAUCCAGGCGGCGGAUGAAGAUGAUGCCAUCUACAGCGUGGAGAGUCUGGCCAUCCGCAAGGGCCUCAGGCCUCAGGACUUCGUGGUGCUCAUGUCACGCCGCCAGCCCUGCCAGACCAGGGACCCGUACGUGAUCGCCUUCCGCUCCGUCACCCUCCCGGCGGCGCCGCCGUCCCCAAACUUCACGCGGAGCGAGUUGCUGUGCGCCGGCUUCAUCGUGCAGCAGCUCAACAGCAGCGAGACUCGGAUUUCUUAUUACAACCAAGCCACACCGGCCGUGCUGCCGUACAUUUCCAAGGACAUCGCGGGCCUCUCGGUUGAGUCCCAUGCACUUUUCCUGGCCUGCAAAACCUUCCUGGAGAACAACUCCAAACUGUGA